AUGGGCCGGGGAAUAGAAAGAGUCGUCGUACCAGUUGUCGCCGACCUUGAAACGCACCGCUUCCCAGUCGGUGGUGUUGCUGGCAAAUUGGAAGUCGAUUCUGCUGAAUCCAGACGUGGUAUCUUUGAACCCGGUAAAGGUAGCAAGAUUACCCAUUCUGUUCUCUGCUGGAGUUUCUUCCAGAAUGUCCAAGAAAUUGAAGUCAGUCAACGAGUUGCUGUACUUGUCGGUGAAUGUAGAGUUCAGAUCCGAUUCGGAAAAGGUCUGUUGUCCGGUAGAGAUCAAGUAAGCUCCGUCGCUGUCACCCGUGACCUGGGAAUUGAAGUCUCCAACAAAAAUCACAGGAACGUGUUUGUUCUCGACCUCGUAUGCAGCUCUAUACUUAACCAGAGCAGCGCCCAGCUUACGCUGGUCGUCGGAUUGGUCGUCAAGGUGAGCAUUGAUCAACACAAACGUGGAUCCCGUGUCCAGACUUCUAAAAUGAACCACGGUAGCCGACCGGUACGAUCCUGCUCCCGGGUAUUUUGA